UUACACUCGGCGGUUUCCAGCAAUGACCGUGAUUGGUAACGUCAUGUACCCCACCAUACCUUCCAGCUACCCCGCCAUCAACGAUAACGACACCAGUGCUAAGUGGCAGUCCUAUCACGGAAGCUGGAAGAGGUGAGAAGGAAGCUUAUAGAUAUGCUGCGCGACCGUGCACGAUAAUCUGUCUGACGUUUGACUUCUGCUGUCCAUAGCUGUCUACAAUUCCAUCCUCUGAACAUAUUCCAAACACAAUGUCCUCGGGUGAUGAUUACCAAAUCUAUAAGCUUGGGAACUUCAAGCUCAAGUCUGGUGGAGAGAUACCAGAUGCGUUUAUCGCCUACAAGACGCUAGGAGACCCAUCGCUUCCGGCUGUCAUAUACCCAACAUGGUAUUCUGGGACGAUAUCCGACAAUAUCUGGCUUACAGGCUCGGACAAGACACUUAACCCUUCCCAGUACUACAUCAUCAUGCCUGCAUUGUUCGGCAAUGGCCAGUCGUCGUCGCCAUCAAAUAUGCCAGAUCUCCGCCCAUUUCCAGAAGUGCUAUUUUACGACAACAUACGAGCGCAGCAUGAGCUUGUUACUAAACAUCUGGGCGUGAAGCAUGCUCGUGCUGUUCUUGGUUGGUCCAUGGGCGCGGGACAGACGUAUCAAUGGGCGACGCAGUUUCCUGACUUCAUGGAUCUUGCAGUACCAUUCUGUGGGAGCGCAAAAACGAGCCUGCAUAACCAGGUUUUCCUAGAAGGUGUCAAGAGCGCCUUGUACGCCGCUCUAGGGACAAGCUCCGCAGGUGUCGCAAAGCCAGAUCUACAAACUGCUCAGGGAAAGAACAUGACUUUCUCAUCCGAAACCCGAGAAGCUGGAUUGAAGGCUCUUGGACGCGUGUACGCCGGCUGGGGCUUCUCUCAAGCAUUCUAUCGUGAGAAACUAUACGAGACCGCACCUACGCUCGGGUUCAAGAAUCUGGACGACUUUCUUGUCAACUUCUGGGAAGCUUGGGCGCUUUCCAAGGACCCAGAGAAUAUGCUAGUCAUGGCGCAUACAUGGCAGGCUGCUGAUUGCUCGCAACAAGAGCCGUACGAUGGCGACUUUGAGAAAGCGAUGAACGGUAUCAAGGCGAAGACACUAGUCCUGCCAGCGAAGACGGAUCUUUACUUCCCACCAGAAGAUUCUGAGAUUGAGGUCCAGAAUAUGAAGCCGGGCGUUGGAACACUGAAGAUAUUCCCCUCUAUAUGGGGCCACUGGGCUGGUGGGCCAGGUCAAUCCACGGAAGAUGCAAAAUGGCUUGAUGCGGAGAUCAAAGACUUCUUUGCCAAGAACUAGUUCCGCGAACUACGCCACUUGAUUGAAGGGCAGAAUCGAACGCCCUUGA